AUGUUGUUUGAGAAAGUGAAGGCAUUCGCCGUGCAGCUGGACGGCGCGACAGAGGGCGCCGAGCCCGUGUUCAGCGGCGGCCGGGUUGUGGCAGGCCGGGUCCUGCUGGAGCUGGCAGUCGCGGCUCGCAGCUACAGCGAGCGCCUGGAGGUCGUGAGCCACCGCGCCACGCUCCUCGCGCCAGACGCAGGCGAGACUACGACGCUGCCUGCUGGGCGACACGAGUUCCCGUUCAGUUUCCAGCUGCCCCCGACCCUAGUGACGUCUUUUGAGGGCAAACAUGGCAGUGUCCGUUACUGCAUUAAGGCCACGCUGCACCGGCCCUGGGUCCCAGCACGCCGGGCAAGGAAGGUGUUCACUGUCAUCGAGCCCGUGGACAUCAACACACCUGCCCUCCUGGCACCUCAAGCCGGAGCUAGGGAAAAAGUCGCCCGAUCCUGGUACUGUAACCGUGGCCUCGUCGCCCUCUCAGCCAAGAUCGACCGAAAGGGCUACACACCAGGAGAAGUCAUCCCUGUCUUUGCUGAAAUCGACAACAGCUCCACGCGCCCCGUGCUGCCUCGGGCGGCUGUGGUCCAGACGCAGACUUUCAUGGCAAGAGGUGCCCGGAAGCAGAAACGGGCGGUGGUGGCCAGUCUCGUGGGCGAGCCGGUGGACCCUGGGCGACGGACACUGUGGCAGGGUCGGGCACUGCGGAUCCCCCCCGUGGGUCCUUCCAUCCUGCACUGCCGAGUACUACAUGUGGACUACUCCCUCAAGGUCUGUGUGGAUAUCCCAGGCACAUCCAAGCUGCUCCUGGAGCUGCCACUCGUCAUUGGCACCAUCCCCCUGCACCCUUUCGGGAGCCGGUCAUCCAGCAUAUGCAGCCAUGCCGGCUUCCUGCUGGACUGGGGGCUGGGGGCCCUUCCAGAGCGGCCUGAAGCCCCUCCUGAGUACUCAGAGGUGGUAGCAGAUGAGGACAUGGCAGCCAUGGAGGAGAGUCCCUUCCCACUACUGCAAGAGCCCAACGUGAGCCUUGAAGGCCCCUUCUUCGCCUAUAUCCAGGAGUUCCGCUACCGCCCACCACCCUUGUACUCUGAGGAGGAUCCAAACCCACCUCCAGGGGAAAUCAGGCCACGCUGCAUGACCUGGUGAGUGACAAGUGGACACUUCGAGGGACAAGGGUGCAUACAUGCUUUUGGCCACUGUGACCACGGGGCUCACCAGCCUGACUGCGUUGAAGUUGGAGAAACUAAGUCCCAGUGUUGGGCAAGGCUGCUGCAGCAUCAUAGAGGAUGGAGGAAGAGCCGGGCUGGUAUCUGACUUACCUGGACUGGCUGUCCUCCUGAGGCACCGAAUGCCCAGCAUAGGAUCCAAGAGACUAUUUCAUCUGUUCAUGCCCAGCCUGUGGGCAGUGCUGGGGUCUCCCGGAGCCUCCCAUCUGGGAGAAACAAAGCCAGAUAAAGACACUUCUAAUCCUGUGGAACCAGAAGAAGGGACCCAGGGCUGGGAGAGACCAGAGGGGGAACAGAGAAGGCUUCCUGGAGGAAAGGGCAUUUUAGCUGAGGCGCUGGUGUAUGAAUAGGAGCUCAGCAGCCAGACAAGUGCAGAGGAAAAGUUGGAGAAGGUCAGAGCUGGAUGAUGUUUGGAGCCAACCCCCUUCAUCUCAGACUUGGGGACCCAAAGUGGGUGGUUACCUCAGUUGAGGCCACACAGUGAGGUCCGGAGAGUGAGAGGACUCAGGAAUGAGGCAUUCAGGAAAGCAGGUCAUUGGAGCUAUAUGGGGCCUGUGGGUGGGAGGGUCAGUGGUUCCAGCCUUUGAAGACUUUGAAAGCAAGAGAUUCCUGGCCCACGCUGGGACUACCUAUGAGCUCCUCCAAGUACCCCAGGACGUAAGAGCUAUCUGCCUGUCGUAUGGCCCAGGGAACCCAGGUUCAGGGCUGGACAGACUGGACCAGCUAUAUAACUUUCAACAGGAAAACACUGGGCCCCCAGUUCAAGGAUUAUUAAGAAUUUCAAGACAGUGACAGCAAAGCAUUAAACCAGACCCUGGGGACAGGUCAGCCUGGGUGACACCCAAAGGGGGGUGAAGUGCCCUUCUGAAGGCGUCUCAU